AUGCAGGGCAAGAAGACGUUCCUCAGCGAUCGUUUUCUGAUAGGGGAGGAGCUGGGGCGCGGCGCCUAUGGGCAGGUUUUCAAGGGCAUGGACGCCAACACGGGGGACGUCGUUGCCAUCAAGCAGAUAUCUCUAAGUGGUGUCUCCCAGGAAAACUUGCAGAGUGUGAUGGGCGAGAUAGACCUGCUGAAGACGCUCAAUCACAAGAACAUCGUCAAGUACAUCGGCUCUUUCAAGACGAGGACGCACCUGUACAUCAUCCUGGAGUUUAUGGAGAACGGCUCGUUGUCGUCCGUCAUCAAGCCCAACCGGUUCGGCGUCUUCCCAGAGAGCCUAGUGGCGAUCUACAUCGCUCAGGUGCUCCAGGGCCUGGUGUACCUGCACGAGCAGGGUGUGGUGCACCGCGACAUCAAGGGCGCCAACAUCUUGACGACAAAGGAGGGCCUCGUCAAGCUUGCUGACUUUGGCGUGGCGGCGAAGCUUGGUGAGCUGGAGAAUGGUCGGGACGAGCUGCAGCAGAACGUGGUGGGGACGCCCUACUGGAUGGCGCCAGAGGUGAUUGAGAUGACUCAAGUCACCGCAGCCUCCGACAUCUGGUCAGUGGGCUGCCUGAUCCUGGAGCUUCUCACCGGCUACCCCCCUUACUACGAUCUGCAGCCCAUGAGCGCGCUCUUCAGGAUCGUGCAGGACGACCACCCGCCGCUGCCGGAGUCCGUCAGCUCCCUGCUGGAUGACUUCCUGCUGCAGUGCUUCCAGAAGGACCCCGCCGCGCGCCCCGACGCGCGCGCGCUGCUGCAGCACGAGUGGAUCCAGUACAACCGCCGCACCCUGCGCUCCAGCUGGACACGCGCGCAGGGCUACCGCACGCGCGGCCGCGGCGCCGCAGAGGCGCACGAGUCGGUCACCAGCGUCGUUGAGCGAAUGCUGGGCAGCGCGGACGCGGCGGCGGCCGGCGACGACGGCCCCGGGGGCGGCGGCGGCGGGCGCGGGCGCGGCGCGCUGUACACGUCGGACGCGGCGGCGGGCCCGCUGGCGACGCAGACGCCGCUCACGCUGGCACUGCAGCAGGACAUGGGCGCGCCGGGGCUGGAGGCCGGCAGCGGCAUGCUGCUCCCGCUGCCGCCGAGCCCGCGGGGACCGCCAGCCCAGCAGCAGCAGCAGCAGCAGCCGGCGCAGCCCGCGGCGCAGUCGCGGUUCGCAGAGGCGCAGCAGCAGGCGGUGGGCGGCGCGGCGUCGUCGCCAUCGCCGCGGGGCGGGGCGGGGGCGGCGGCGAUCGAGCUCUCGACGGCGGCGCAGCCGCCCCCUCAGGGCGCCGCGGCGGGGGCGGCGGCGGCGCAGCGGCUGGUUUCGGGGUCGGCCGCGGGCACCAGCGGGAAGGGGCGGGAGGACCCCGCGCGGCCGGCAGGCAGCAGCACGCCGCGCUCCGUCCCGUCCCCGCCGCCGCCCGCGGGCCCCGGCACCGGGGCCGGCGGGUGGCCGCAGCAGCACACGCCGCCGGGGUCGCGGGAGCAGCGGGCGGCGGCGUCGGCCGCGGCGACGGCGGCGGCGGCCUUCAGCGGGCCGGGCCCGCCCGGGGGCCUGUCCCUAUCACCGCGCGAUCGCGAUCGCGACGGCGGCGGCAGCGACUGGGAGGGCGCCCUGGGCGUCUUCCUCUCGCGCCUGCAGGGCGCGGACAGCGGCGCGCCGACGCCGACCGCGCGGCUCGCCCCUUACGGCAGCAGCCUGGCGGCGUGGCUCGACGAGGCAGAGCGGCCGGGCAAGGGCGGCGGCGGCGGCGUCAUGCGCGGCCCGGCGGUCAGCGGUGGCGGGUACCUUGAUACGGGCGGCUACCAGGGCGGCUUUGACCCCCUGCCGUCCCCGCUCUCGACGGCGGGCCGGUGGGGGCCGCAGGGGCAGCAGCAGCAGCAGCAGACGUACGGGCGGACCCUGUCUUCCGUCAGCCUGACGGACAGCAUAUCCGCGUCGUCGGUCGGCGGCGGCGGCGAGGGCUGCGUGGAGAGCAGCUUCCAGAUCGAGACGAAGCGCAAGGCCCGGGACCUCGUCCGCUCGCUGCGCCUCGGCGCGCGCGACGCCAACAUGACGCCCGCCCAGGCGUGCGCCAGCCUGUCGUCGCUGUUCGCGCGGCACCCAGAGAGCAAGCAGCACUUCCUGAGCGAGGGGGGCGUGCUGGCCGCCAUGGAGAUGCUGGACAGCGACACGACGAAAAUCCUGGAGCCAGCCGUGGAGCUGGUGUGCGCGUUCACCGCCGGCGACACGCGCCUGCUGGAGAGCCUCUGCCUCGUCGGCAUCGUCCCCGCGAUGUGCCGCAUGGCGCUGCCCGCGCCGCCUGGCGCGGAGCGCCUGCGGUCGCGCGCCGCGGGGUUUGUGCAGCAGCUCUGCUUCAGCGGCGCCACCACGCUCCAGAUGCUCAUUGCCUGCGGCGGCCUGCGGCACCUGGUGCUGAUGGUGCAGGACAACCUGCAGGACCCCUCCAGCCUGACGCCCACCGGCCUGGCCUGCAUCUGGCGGGCCCUCGAGGCGCACAGCGCGCUGCCAAUAAACUACACCUGCCGCCUCCUGGCGCAGGCCGGCCUCGUACCGCGCCUAUUCGCGGUGAUCCGUCAAGCGGUCAGCCUGCAGGCGCGCUCGGAGCGGCAGCAGCAGCAGCAGCAGCAGGCGGGCGGGGGCGGCAGCAGCGGCGCGCUGUCGGCGCGGCACGCGCACACGCUCAGCAACGCCUCGGGGUAUGACUCGAGCGCGGCGUCCGCAGUGGGUCUGGGAGGGGUCGCGCGGAGUGCGCUCAGCACGAAAGAGGUCGGGCUGGGCGGCAGCCUGGCAGGCACGGACGAGCUGCAGCUGCGCCAGUCGGCGCGCAACGGCGACGCCUCCGCCGGCGCGUCGUCCUCCUCCGCGCCCCGCCGCAACGACGGCGGCGCGGACCAGAACGGCCCCUCGUCCUCGCCGCUGUCCACCGCCGCCGCCGCGGCGCAGCAGCAGCAGCGGCUGCUGGCGGCCGCCAACCUGGAGGUGUGGCAGGCGUCUGCGGCGCCGGGGCAGGCCAGGAACGACUGGGCGCUGGAAAAGUGCUCGGGCCUGCUGCUAGUGCUCGCGCACGCGGACGCGGCGGUGAAGGCGACGAUGUGCAGCAAGGACGGGCUGCAGUCGCUGCUGGACUGCCUGCAGCGGCUGCAGCCGCCGCACCUGGUGAAGGGCGCAGCCGCUGGGGGCGUUGCCUGCAUACUGCUUUGA